AUGUCUUCUAGUUACUCUGCUUCAUGUAAUGUUAGUGGUAGUAGUAAUUCAUCUGAAUCUAUGAAAGACCCCUACCCUUUGUGGAAGUUUGUUGUUAAGGGUGAUAAAAUAUCGGGUGGUGGAGGAAAUUAUAAUUGGAAAUGUAACUUUUGCGGCGAAGUUAAAAAUGGCUCAUACACUAGAGUGAAAGCUCAUUUGCUAGGUGAACAAGGGAAAGGGAUUCAAGUUUGUAAUAAAGUAAAAAUUGAUGACCUUGCUAAACUAAGAAAGCUUCAUCCUACAUCAGUGAGACUAGGUUCAUCUGAUAAUGUAAAGAAGAGGAAAUCAAACAAUACAAUUUCUGAUGCUUUUAAUAUGAAAUCUCGUGACCAGUUUGAUUCUGAGAUUUCUAGGAUGUUUUACACAGGGGGGUUGCCUUUUAAUCUUACUAGAAACCCUUACUAUGUUAGUUCAUAUACAAUUGCUGCCAAUUCUAAUCACUCUGGUUAUAAGCCUCCUGGAUAUAACAAACUUAGAACAACUUUGCUUUGUAAAGAGAAAGAAAACGUGGAUAGGUUAUUACAACUUAUUAAAGAGACAUGGAAAACAAAAGGUGUUAGCAUUGUUAGUGAUGGGUGGAGUGAUCCACAAAGAAGGCCUUUGAUUAACAUUAUGAUUGCUUCCAAAAAGGGGCCUAUGUUUAUGAAAGCUAUUGAUUGCUCGGGUGAGAUUAAGGACAAAGAUUUCAUUGCUACCUUAUUAAGUGAGGUGAUUGAUGAAAUUGGAGAUCAAAAUGUUGUUCAAAUAAUCACAGAUAAUGCAAGUAAUUGUAAGGUUGCAGGGGAAUUGGUUGAGGGUAGGUAUCCUCAUAUAUAUUGGACACCUACCCUCAAACAAUAA